CGUUAAUAUGCUACUUUUUCUUUUUGUUUUUUGUACUAUUAUUUUUAAUCUCUCUAGGCUCUACUACUACUCCUUUUUAACAAAGAAGGAACAAUGCCUCACCAUAACCGUACUUAAGCCAUCAAGUGCAAAUUGCCAAACUCUAGAAAGAACCCUUUCUUCUCUUUCUUUCUCGAGCCCCUACCUUCUUUACACCCUCUCUCUUCUUCACAAGUGUGUAGUAGUUUUGCAGUUUUUUUAAGGAUAUUUACUGCUAAUGGUACAGUUUUUAGGUAAGAUACUCCUAUUAAGACACUAAUAAUAAUGCUAAUAACUUUAUCUCUAAUUAAUAUUUAAAUAUCUCCAUCUUGUUGUAGCUGGCCGCUUUGGUGGAUGGAAAUCUUUGCUAGGUUGUUUUGUUUUUAAGGCUUCUUGUUCAACAACAAAAUCUGCUGCAUUUUUGUCUCAAAAAGAGGAAUGGUUUUCUUUUCCUCCAAAACUUGGGAAAAAGGCUAUUUUUCGAAAACUUGUUUGUUUCUUUUAAAACCCAGUCGAAAGUUGCUUCUCUCUACCUGGGAAAGCUCCCUCCUUUUUUGUCAGAGAAAGAGCAAGUAAGAGCCUUUCUCACUCCAUCUUCCUAAAGCAUCCAACCCCUGUGAAGAUAAGGUGCACCCUCUACACUACACUUUAGAGAGAGAGAGAUGGGAUGUGUUGCCUCCAAACUAGAGGAAGAAGAGGAAGUGGUGGCUAUUUGUAGAGAGAGAAAGCGAAUGUUAAAGCUAGCUGUGGAGAAAAGAUAUGCACUUGCUGAGGCUCAUUGUAAGUAUUUUCACUCUCUCGAUGCUGUAGCUGCGGCCAUUAAGCUCUUCGUUGCACGCCACUCUUCUCCUUCGUCACCUUUCCUCAUAACUUUCCCUCCUCCUUGCCCUUCUCAUUCUCCUUCUCCACCCGCUGAGAAUGUCAUAACCAACCCCAUGUUCCUCCAACAGACACCCUCAGAAACUAAGCAUGAAGCCAUUGCUUGUGACUCAUGCAUUUCUUCAACAACCUCAGAGUCUUCUGAGGAAGAGAGUGAAGAAAAAAGGGGAGGAGAAUAUGAAGGUAAGGGAGAAGAACAAGAUGAACAACCAUGUGGGUACUAUUGCAUGCCUAUGACUAUGCCUAUGUCUAUGUCUAUGUCUAUGCCUAUGCCUAUGUCUAUGCCACCUUCAAUGCCAUCCCCUCAGAGAGAUUUUGGAUGGGACUUUUUCUACCCUUUUGACAGUGUGAGGAGUGAGGUUAUGAGUGGCUACCACAGGAACUCAGAUGAUGAUUUGAGGGCAGUUAGGGAGGAGGAGGGGAUUCCGGAGUUGGAGGAAGAAGUAGAGAGAGAAGAGGUUGUGCAAAAAGUGGUAAGUGUUGAAGAGAAUAACAAUGAAGGUGAUGAGAAAGUGGUAAGUAGUGUUGAAACAAUGAAGGUGGUGGAUGUGGCCACUGAAAACCAAGGGGAGCAAAGGGGUCUUGCAGUUCUUGAUACACCAGCAGAGGGAAGAGAGUUGCUUGAAGCUUUGAAAGACAUUGAGGACCAUUUUCUCAGGGCUUAUGAUUCUGGUAAGGAUGUAACCAGGAUGCUGGAGGCUAAUAAGAUUCCCCUUCAUUCUAGUUUGGAUGAAAUAAAAGAAAGUUCGACUAAACUCAUUCAUGCAAUAACAUGGAAGUCCAUUUCAUCUAGGCAAUCAUCAUGCAAGAGUCUCGUGGUUCCAAAUAUGAAAAAUUCUUCUACUUGGGUGGAAUAUAAGAAUGAUUUGUUUGAUGAUUAUGGAGGAAUGGAUUCAGGAAGUCAUUUAUUAACCUUAGGAAGGUUAUAUGCAUGGGAAAAGAAACUUUUUGAGGAGGUUAAGGCUGGAGAUAGCACGAGGAAAAAUUAUGAAAAAAAAUGUGCACAGCUGAGAAAUAAGAAUGUUAGAGGAGAUAAUGUACUAAGCAUGGACAAAACUAGAGCUGAAGUGAAAGAUCUAUAUGCUGGGAUCUUGGUUGCAAUUCGCCGUGCAGAGUCAAUCUCUAAGAGAAUUGAGAAAAUGAGAGAUGAAGAAUUGCAACCUCAAAUUGUUGAACUAUUAAAAGGCCUGACGAAGUCAUGGAAGAUCAUGUUAGAGUCCCAUGAAACCCAGAAGAAGAUUCUAUCUGAAGUGAAAUACUUCACAUGCGCCUCGUAUGGGAAAUUCUGCAAUCAAUCUCAUGGCUUUGCGACUGUUCAGCUUGAAGCCCAGCUUCAUAAUUGGCGCGACUGCUUUAAAGAGUACACUGCAGCACAAAAAGCUUAUGUUGAAGCUCUCCAUGGAUGGCUGAGUAAGUUCAUAGUCCCUGAAGUUGAAUUUUACUCGAGAAGCAAAAAUAUUUCCAUGCCAUACCAAGUCAAUGGGCCACCACUGUUGGUGAUAUGCAACGAUUGGUUAGCUUCACUGCAAAAGUUACCAGAUAAGAUGGUAACACUUGCAUUGAAAAGCAUAGUGAAGGAUGUUAGAGCUUUGUGGCAGCAGCAAAGCAAAGAGCAACAGCAGAAAAGGAAGGUAGACAGGUUGGCAAGAGAUUUGGAAAGAAGACAUUCUUCAGGAUCACAUAAACUGGAGACUAAGAUGCUUGAGUUUCAUGUGGCGGACCGUGAAUCAGAGGUGGGAACUGAUCAUCAAGAGGAAUGCAUGAUGGAGAAGAGUGAUCAUUUGGAGACAGUGAGAAGAAAACUUGAGUUGGAGAAGGAGAAGCACCACAGUUGCAUGCAAGAAACACAGAGAAUUACUUUACAUGGAUUGCAAUCUGGGUUCUCUCUAGUCUUUGAAUCUUUGACAGAGUUCUCCAAAGCAUCACAAAAAAUGUACAAUGGUCUUGUAACUUUUAGUGAAAAUAGUGACAAGGUUGGGAACAUUACGUAUAUAGAGGGUGGCUGCGAUGUUGAAAAUUGCAACAACCAAAACGGUCAAUAGAGUUCUGUUAGUAUUUGUGA